CUAUGUUUGCCUUAUGCUAACCAUGCUAGUAAAACAACAAAUGCCUGGAUCAUUUCUCUUUAUCUAUUCCUUUUCUUUCUUCACUUGUUAUUUAUUCAUACUUUCGCAGUUACUUUUCUUCUCUUCUGUUUCAAAAAACUGAAUUAUUGUUGACGUUUAUUGAUUCUCGAUUUUCUAUUUUCGUAUAGAUGACAAUAUGUAAGCUGAAUUAACUUGGACUAUCAUCAUAUCCAAAGUGCAAUUACGGACAUCUAUAAACACUAUUCAAGCCCAGUCUCUCAACAAUUAGCUUUAAUGUGACAGACAUAUAACCAAGUUUAUCUAAUAUUAUCGAUACCCUCCCUUAUUCAACAUAAUGGAGUUGAAAUGCAAACAAGGCUUCCUUAAUAUUGUUGAUUAUGAUGAAGACGCUGUUAAAGCUGAUCAUGAUGAUGACGAUUUCAGUAGUUAUGAUGAUGACGACGACGAUAAUGAUCACUACGAUGAAGAUUUUAUGCCCCCAGUUUCUUACCGAAGCAUUGGCAUUCAAACUCAAUCCCCUUUUAUGGUUGACAAAGCAAUUCAAGUCUUUAUUCCUCGUACGAAACCUUCUGAAAAAACGUGUGAGAAAACUUGCAUGGCUGUCACGCCAUCUUUAAGAAAAGCCCCAACAAAUGGCCAUAGAUUGAUGCCUAAUAUAGUUUAUGGUGGAAAAACUAACUAUUAUGAAUCUCCUUUAAACAGGAUUAAUUUUGCUUAUGAUCAAGUUGACAGUGAAAUAUCAAACCAGAAUAAUAAUGAAAAUCACAAAUUGAUUGGUGCAGCCAAACGGAAACAAAAAUCACCAAAUGACGAAGCUACUAUUAACAAGUUAAAUAAAAAAUUUGUUGGCGAUGAAUCUUACAAGCACCAAGAAACUGAUUCGAGUGAUCUCAGGAUUGGAUUGAUCUCAUUUAAUGAUGAAGAUCCAAUAUCUAUAGAUGUUGACACAAACCAAACCAUGACGAUGGUUAACCGUUCAAACGAUACUGCUGAUGAUGCCCUGGAAAUUGAUGAUGAGUACAUUUUUACUCACCACCCAACCGGCCUGGGAUACCAAAUUUUCAAUGAAAAACGUUCAAUCAAUAAAGAAAUGAUGGAACAGGUAUUUGCGUCGGUUAUCGGCAGAGAGGAUAAAUUCUAUUUAUGUUUAUACCCACCGCACAAAGGAUCCUGCCAUUCUCAUGCUGGUAAAUCAACCAAAAUUCGUGUUGUCAAAAAUCAUCUUACAUCUCACCUAUUUCUCUAUCGAUGUCGAUUAUGUGGCAGAACGUACAAAUAUUACAACAACCUUUUCAAUCAUUUCAACAAACACCCUUAACUUCGCUGCGUUACUUUUCACAUGGAAUUUUUCAAUACACAAUAUAUUUCGUCCUCUCACAGCUUGUAAUAGAUAUUCCAUUAGAAUUGUUCACUAGUUCAGCCAAAUUGAAUUAAUUCGACACUCCCAGUGCUAUAAUUUUUAAUUAAUCAAUGUUUUUUUUAAUUAUCACACAUUUACCCAACUAUUUUACCAAAAAAUGCCUUAACCAGUUGCUGAUAGCAACAAAAAACAAUUUGUUUGCCAUUUCAAUCUCAACAAUAAUCUAUAAGUUAAUCAUUUCGAACCAAAUCAAAGAAAUGUUUCUUUUAUAAUAAUCCUAUGAAUCCUAGUUCCAUGCCUUCAUAGUCAAAGCCUGUUAUUUGUUAUUACCCAUGUUUCAUCAAGUGCAAAAUCAAUGAGCUAAAAAUUACACCUAAUCAUACACAGGCAAAUAAAACAUCUCAAUUCAAUUUAAUCUAAA